ACAUCUAUGGAACAUCAAAAUCUUACCGAAGUCCCAACAAUUAAAUUUACCAUGCAGCCGAAGAGCUUAACAAACAUUGGAAUCUUCGAGAUAUGCAUAUGUUUUGUCAUCAUAGUCAUAGGAGGCAUUGGAAAUGGACUUGUCAUCUUUGUGACCGGCUACAAAAUGAAGAGGACAGUCAAUCCCAUUUGGUUUCUCAACUUGGCGAUUGCAGACACAAUUUUUAUUACGUUCUUGGUUUACAAAAUAGUUUUUGCCUUUGACAAGAGUUUAAUUAUGAACUUGAACAAACACAUCAAUGCAUGUUUGUCUGUUGGUUUUGCAAUAAAUAUGUUUGCAAGUGUUUUCUUUCUGACAGUUAUCAGUGUGGAUCGAUGUCUGUGCACAUGGUUUAUUGUUUGGGCUCAGAACAAACGAACUUUAGUCAAAGCCAGAAUCAUCAGUGUAUUUGUGUGGAUUUUAGCCAUCUGCUGCAGCCUCCCUUUUGGCUUUGUUGGGUAUGUACACGAUGCUGAAAAAAAUUUGAUUAUGUCUCUGUACACAUUCAUGUUUAUUGUUGGAUUUCUAAUUCCCUUUAUAAUCAUUGCAUCUUCCUACAUAGCUAUUGGUGUGCGAGUAAAACGUCUCAAAAGAGGAAAGCAGCUUCGGCCUUACCGGAUUAUAUCUGUGAUUCUGGCUUUUUUCAUAUGCUGCUUUCCUUAUCAUGUUCUACAACUGUGUUUGAUGAGUGCAUUUAAGUAUAACUGGAGUGACAGUGCUAGAAAGAAACUUAAUGAUGCAGAACCUUUUGUAGACUGUCUUGCUUUUUUUAACAGUUGUCUGAACCCCAUUCUCUAUGUGUUUAUGUGUGAUGAGUAUAAGAAGAAACUUAAAAAGUCUCUCCUGCUGGUGUUUGAAGCGGCUUUUUCUGAAGAGCAUCUGAGUUUAAGAUCAACUCCACUUCCUCAAAACGCUCAAUGUCACGAGGUACUUUGUACAGACAGACGUGUACAGACAGAAGAAACAACCAUCUGAUCUUUUGCUGGCAACAGGAGAAGAUAAUAUUUUUUAGCUUCAGUCUUUAGAUGAUUGGAGAUAUAAAUUUGUAAUUUGGAAAUAAAUAUUUCUCAAGUACUUCUCCAUUCUCUGUGUUCAGACAAACAGAAAGUCUCACUGCAAACUCUUGUCAACAGCUAAAUGUAUCGAUGAAGAGGAAGUGAAGAAUCAAUCUACAAAUCUCUUGCUUAGGUUAAAGUUAACUCUCUUACUGAAUGUUUAUCUUUUGAUUUUAUUAUGCAGAAUUAUUUGUUGUAACGUUAUUAGUGCAAAUCUUUCUUAUCUUAUAGCUAUCUAAGCUUGUCUUUCCUAAAUCUAAGCUCAUAGCUAAAAAACUUAUUUCCUGCU